CUUGUCACUGUCAGGCAAGCCACAGCCGUUCGUUUGCCUUUUGCGCGAAAAUCUGUGUCUAGUGUAUUGAUAAUUUUGUUUUGUGAAACUUUACUGAAUUAAAAAAAAUAAUUAUAGUAUACUUACUAAAACUACUGUAAUUGCAGCUUGUAACGAUGCUGGUUAAAAAAUUAUUUACCCUUGUUUUCAUACGAAGGGAAGACCAAAUAUUAUUGGGUUUAAAAAAGCGGGGAUUCGGCAUGAACAAAUGGAAUGGUUUCGGCGGGAAAGUGGAACCAAACGAGACAAUAUUAGAGGCUGCAGCGAGAGAAUUAAAAGAAGAAUGCUGUCUGACUGUUAAACCUAGCGACUUGAAGAAUAUUGCGCAUCUAGAGUUUACUUUUGAAGGAGAACCUAUAUUGAUGGACGUCAGAGUAUUCUCCACAAGCAUAUUUGAAGGAACUCCAAAGGAGACUGAAGAAAUGAGGCCCAAAUGGUUCAGACAUGAGGAUGUGCCUUUUGACGAUAUGUGGCUCGACGAUAAACUAUGGUUUCCAUACAUGCUUCAAGGUAAAAAGUUCUUUGGCCAUUUCCACUAUGAAGGUUUUGAUAAGAUUUUGAACUAUAAAAUCGAGGAACUUGAUUCUAUGAAAGCUUUUUAUGAGAACAGAAAAACUAAAUAAAUCCAAACACUUUGUUUUUUUUAUGAUUGUGUUGGCUAUAAGCUCCUUUUUUGUUUGUUAUAAAUUGUUUUGUCUUUUUAUAUAAUUAAGUUCUAAGGAAAGUUCCUGUGAUCAAUGAGUGAUUAUUAUAUAAGUGAACAAUACAGCAUUUCUUGUCUCAAUGACAAUAAACUACAGAUAAAGGCACAGUAUACACAUUGCAACAUUGUAGGCACAUAAUUUCAUUUAUCUAAGUGCUGAUUCAAUCAUCAUUAGAAAGAAUUCAUUACAAUGUUAUUAAGUACAAUAUGUAGUUCUCAGUAUUUUAUAAAUGAUUGUGAUAUAAAGCUUACUUAGGAUAUUAAGGUAACAAAAAAAAAAUAGUAUGUAAUACCUCUUCAGUAAGAUAUUUUGUCAAAAAAAUAAUUUACUUUAUUUCUUUACUACUUACAAGUUGAUGCCCAUUUCAAAUAAUUUGUUGAAUACUUAAAAUGUUUGUUAUUUCACAUAUCAAAAACAGCUGGAUUGAUUAUUGUAGAAUAAGAUAAAUAGUAUUUUAAAUACUCAUUUAAAAACCAAAAUGUUAAUAACAAAAUUAGUGGAUAAGUAAGAAUAAAUAAAAAUCAUGUUUGGAAAAA